GCCAUGCACCCAUGCACCCGGGGUACAAAUGCUCCCAAAGCCGCACCCCUGCCUUACCAAUCAUUAAUCACGCCGGGCCAGCAAGGAGCAAGCGGCAAGCAAGCAGGAAAAGGCCAGGUCUCCACAGCCCCCACGGGAGCAGCAGGAAGCAGUGCUGACCAGUUCCCUGUGGUGGCAGCUCACUCUCUGACCACCCUCCCCUGGGAGGCCCCGUGGAGGUGGUCAGUCCUGCACGCACAGUCCUUUCCUUCAGGAAGGUCACUCGGUCCAGGGAGCGAGAGGCUCUGCCUGUUUCUGGGAGCUGCUGAGCUGCACAUGAGGUGGGGGCUCUGAAGAGGAGUUUCUGUGUGGCUGUACCACAGUCUUCAUCUCUUCACCAUGCAGCACAAGGUGUUUUGGAGUGCCCUGGAGUACACCUGCCGAUUGCUGGGCAUCUCCACCGCAGCAGUGCUGAUCGGUGUGGGCGUAGAAACUCUGCAGCGAGGACAGUUCAAAAGCCUGGCUUUCUAUCUGCUAGAGAAGAUAUGGCUGUUUGUUGCUGUGAUGUGUUUGUUUCAGGGAAUUACUUAUUCAGAAGAACUGAAAAGAAUGGAGAGAGCUGUGGAUCCUGAAGCAUUUAUGAAUGUUAAUGAGCUCAUUACUUACAAAGGGUACCCCAGCGAGCAGUAUGAAGUGAUGACAGAAGAUGGUUAUACCAUUACCAUUAACAGAAUCCCUUAUGGUACUCAGAAUCAAGGAAGCUCAGCUUCGAAACCUGUUGUGUUUCUCCAGCAUGGAUUAUUGGGAGAUGCUAGUAACUGGGUCACAAACCUGCCCAACAACAGCUUGGCCUUCAUGCUAGCUGAUGCUGGUUUUGACGUUUGGAUGGGAAACAGCAGAGGGAAUCGCUGGUCACGAAAACAUCAAAAAUAUUCCAUUGAUCAAGAUGAAUUCUGGGCUUUCAGUUUUGAUGAGAUGGCAAAGUUUGAUCUUCCAGCAGCAAUAAAUUUUAUUGUGGAGAAAACAGGACAGGAGAAGUUGUACUAUAUUGGAUAUUCACAAGGUACUACCAACGCUUUCAUUGCAUUUUCAACAAUGCCAGAGCUGGCUCAAAAAAUCAAACUCUAUUUUGCAUUGGCACCUGUCACCACUAUUAAGUAUGCUAAAGGCCCCGCCACAAAACUCCUCUACCUUCCUGAAAAAGUACUCAGGGGUAUGCUUGGCAAAAGAGAAUUCCUUCCCCAGACUGAGGGUCUGACAAGGAUAAUAGCCCCUGUCUGCAGCCACCGAGCUUUUGCCAGCCUUUGUAGAAGUGUCUUCUUCAGUCUGGGUGGCUGUAACUUGAAAAACAUUGAUGUGAACCGAAUCAAUGUGUAUAUUGCCCAAACCUCCGCUGGAACUUCUGUGCAGAACAUAGUCCACUGGAGUCAGGUGGCCCGCUCGGGGAAGUUCCAAGCUUAUGACUGGGGAAGUUCAAAGAAGAACAUGGAAAAAUACCAACAGACUAUUCCUCCUGUCUACAACAUAGAAGAGAUGACUGUGCCAACUGCAGUGUGGACUGGAGGACAAGACUUGCUCGCAGAUCCCAAGGAUGCAGCCAUUUUACUGUCUAAAAUUAAGAAGCUUAUCUAUCACAAGAAGAUUCCUGAAUGGGCACACCUGGAUUUUAUCUGGGGAUUGGAUGCACCUUUGCAUAUGUACAAUGAAAUUAUUGAUCUGAUGCAGAAAUAUCCUUAACCCACAACCAGUAGCCUUACCUGACUCAUUCAACAGUAUUCACUUUCAUUCAGUAUGAAAAAACCCCUUCUGUUGCAUCUGGAGGCAGAGAAAGGCUUCCUCCUGCACACUCCCUGUUACUCCAAUGCUUUUUGCAUCCUGAUA